AAAAGCCUGAAAAGAAAACUCUUUGCAAACCCUUAAAACUCACCCAUUUGGAGCAAUGGCAAAAGGCAGCAACAAGCUAACGAAGCUCUUGUCAGUUUUAAAGAACCUUAACUCAUUCAACAACAAGCAAAGCCGCUCCCCGGCGCCGAAAGCCGCGGUGGCAGCUUCCAGCAUCAUCUACAACAACGAAGAAUCAUCCGCCAAUCUCCACCCUGUCUAUGUAGGGAAAUCCCGGAGACGGUACCUCAUUAGCUCCAACAUUAUCGACAACCUUCUGUUCCGCGAACUCAUGGAACGUUCGUCGGGCGAGAACGACAGCGCCGUCAUCAACGUUUCGUGCGAGGUCGUCUUGUUCGAACACUUGCUUUGGAUGCUCGAAAAUGCUGACCCUCAACCGGAGUCUUUGGAAGAGCUCGUCGAGUUUUACGCUUGUUGAUUGUUUCGUCUUGAUCGUAAGUUGUACAUUAAUCAUAUAGUAAUGAUACGGUUAUAGCGCGAUGUUAGA